CCCGCGCCGGCGCAGACAACGUCGACUGGCCCGGGCCUUCCGCAGCUGGUCCCGAGGUGCCAGCCCCUCCGCGUUCGCUCAUGGAGGGGCGCGUGAGCCCCGCGGGCUCGUCCCACAGCAUCUCCGCCGCGGCCGUGCUCUUCCGCGGCCCCGUGGAGCCUGUCGUCUUCCUGGCCAACUUUGCUCUGGUCCUGCAAGGCCCGCUCACCACGCAGUACCUGUGGCACCGGUUCAGCACCGAGCUCGGCUACAAUGGCACCCGCCACCGGGGGAACUGCGGGAACCAAAGCGCGGAUCCCAUCAUGCAGGAAGUGGAGACCCUGACUUCCCACUGGACCCUCUACAUGAACUUGGGAGGCUUUCUGGUGGGACUUUUCUGGUCCACCCUUCUGGGAGCCUGGAGUGACUGCGUGGGUCGCCGCCCACUGCUGGUGCUGUCCUCUCUUGGCCUGCUGCUCCAGGUCGUGGUGUACAUCUUUGUGGUGCAGCUACAACUGCACGUCGGCUUCUUCGUGCUUGGCCGAGUCCUCUGUGCCCUUCUAGGAGACUUCAAUGGCCUCCUGGCCGCUAGCUUUGCCUCUGUGGCGGAUGUCAGCUCUAACCACAGUCGCACCUUCCGUAUGGCUCUGCUGGAAGCGUGCAUUGGUGUGGCUGGGACCCUGGCAAGCCUUCUCGGGGGCCAUUGGCUCCGGGCCCAGGGUUAUGCCAAUCCCUUUUGGCUGGCUUUGGCCCUGUUGAUCGUCAUGACUCUGUAUGCAGCAUUCUGUUUUGGUGAAACAGUGAAGGAGCCAAAGUCCGCCAGGCUUUUCACGCUCCACCAUCACCAAGCCAUUGUCAACCUGUAUGCAGUCGCAGCCCCAGAGAAGUCCAGGAAGCAUAUAGCGCUGUACUCAUUGGCCAUCUUCGUUGUGAUCACUGUGCACUUUGGGGCUCAAGACAUCCUGACACUCUAUGAGCUGAGCACGCCCCUCUGCUGGGACUCCAAGCUUGUUGGCUAUGGCUCUGCAGCCCAGCACCUAACCUACCUCACCAGCCUGGUGGGCCUAAAACUAAUGCAAUACUGCCUGGCAGACACCUGGGUGGCUGAGAUUGGCCUAUCCUUCAAUAUCCUGGGCAUGGUAGUCUUUGCAUUUGCUACCACCACACCCCUCAUGUUCACAGGGUAUGGGUUGCUUUUCCUGUCUUUGGUCACUACACCUGUCAUCCGGGCCAAGCUCUCCAAGCUGGUGAGCAAGUCGGAGCAGGGAGCUCUCUUUUCCUCGGUGGCCUGUGUGAAUAGCUUGGCCAUGUUGAUGGCCUCCGGCAUCUUCAACUCUCUCUACCCAGCCACUCUAAACUUCAUGAAGGGCUUUCCCUUCCUCCUGGGAGCUGGCCUCCUCUUCAUCCCGGCCAUUCUGAUUGGGGUCCUGGAGAAGGCCAAUCCACACCCUGAAUUCCAGCAGUUUCCUCAGAGUUCCUGAUCUGCCAGAGGCCAUGAGGAACAGUGGACCCACAGCAGCUGGCCUUCUAAAGGCAGUACUCGAUUUUGACAGGGUGGUCAAGCCAGUUAUGGACACCACCUGGUCUCCCACUGUCCAUGCAUAGGAUCUAUAGUCUAACCAGGACAGAUCCACUCAGGGCAGACUACAGGGGGCCAUUUGAGGCAAGGGUUUCUUCGCCCUUUGAUCCAUUCAUCAUUCAGAAACUUCCAGAGUGAAGGAGAUAGCACCUCAGGGACCAAGUGAAGCAUGAGACCUGACUUCUCCUUUCAGCCCAUGGUACUAGGACCCUGAUGUGUGCAGUGGUCUCCAGUCACCCCUAAUGAUAAGUAUGAUACCUGGGGGAGUAUUGUCCCAGAGGGAGAAACACUGUCUGUGGUUGGGAAUCAGCCCUUGACCUCAGCCUACUCACCCUUGACCUCAGUCUAUUCACUCUUGACCUCAGCCAUGUCAUUUGUCACAGUAAAUCAUUUAAGUCAGACUGAAGAGUCACUGGGCUUUGGGGCUUUCUGUCUUCUUGCUCUUAGCCUGUUUGGCACAGUCAGACACCAGCAGCCGCUUGUCUGGAGUUCUUGAGUUGCCUUCGGGGUUGGAACCUGGCAUGCCCCUCCAAGCUCCAGCUGUCUAAGCUGCUGAGGAGUGAAAGGCCUGUGAGCAGUGGAGACACUUGGGCCCAAACCCUGGCGGCUCCUUCCUGUGAGAUCUCUUUUGGCUGCCAUUUGGCCCUCCCAUAUAGUUUGGUGCUGAGCAGGGCCAUGCGCUGAGACCAUCCUCCCUGCUCCCAUGAGUGAAUGGAGGUUGGAAAGACCUGGGCCUAGAGCUCAAAGGCAGACCUGACCUAUUGUGAGCAGCUCUCUCCAAUCUGAUCCAAAGUGGGAGUUUUGUGAUUCUUCAAAUCAGAACUGUUUGUGAGAGCUAGACCCUGCGUCUACCUCUCUACCCACCUACCCUGCAGGGCAGUUUCCUGGCUGGAAACUAUGCAGGUAAAAGAGAAGUCUCCCAGGGAAAACGAAGGCAGCAGGGUCCAUCCUGCUGCCACACUGCUGCCUCACUGCCCCUCUGGAGAUGGAAACUAAGCAAGAAGUGGCCUUCCACUGACCCUACCACUGUGAGGCUGUGAGGCAGGAAAGGCUCCACUCUGGCACCUUGAUCUGGAAUAAACCUAGUGAAAACUGGGUCAGCACUCUGCCCAAACUGUCUGGUUACAAGGACCACACCUAAUUGCAUGUGUUAGGAAGCCCAGUGGUUCGAUGCUCUGGAUCCCUCCAUCUUCAUAUAUCAGGAUGAGAUGCCUAGUGAAGGGAUGGACAAA